AUGGGCACCAACGGCAAUGGUCGCCGUGCAGGGGCCAAAAUACCUGAUGUUCGCCGCCCCAUGGAAGAAGCGGACUGUGUUAACGAUAUGGAAAGCCCUGAACUCGACUUUGUUUACGAUGAUUGUGAUACUCAAGCCAACGAAAUUUCAGAAUUAUAUAGCUACACAGAACAUCCAGAGUAUCAACUUAAUGUUAAGGCUUUUGAAGAUAUAAUGGAGGAAUUCAACUAUCCACCCAGUUGGCAAAGAUUGACAAAUAAACAACAGCGCACUGUAAUUAUGAAAUUAUUAGAGCAUUUAGACGUAGCUGUUAGUGAAAUACGUAUGCGCGCUACUCGUUGUAUACUAUACUUGGCUCAGGGUUGUUGGGCGGAGAUGCAAUCAGACGCUGAGCAGGCACACUGGGCCCGUAUUAACGUUAUGAUGUUAUAUGACAUGGGCACCUUUUCCGCAUUUGUUGAAUUACUGAAUCUCGAAAUUGUUAGGAGUAGUUCUGCAAUAGCAUCCAGAAAACUUGCAGAAUCUCUUGCUGACUCUAUAAACUUGCGAGUUAUUUUGUCAGUUCUCUAUCUUAUUACAGAAUACAUGAGAACUGAAAAAGAUAAUAAUGAAUCUGAAUAUUCUCAUUUAGUCAAAAACUUUAAAGAAGAACUUGGCACCCCAUUUGGUGAAGAAUUGUUGCCUGUUAAACUUCUAAGUAUGGUAACACAUCUUUGCGCAGGAACAACACCUCACUUUCCAAUGAAAAAAGUUCUUUUAUUAUUAUGGAAAGUAUUACUAGUCUACUUAGGGGGCUCAAAGGAGUUAAAAGAAAGAAAAUCUAAGCUUCGUGAACAGGCUGGACUUACACCUUUAUCAGAAGAUACUAUAGAGAUAAUAAAAGGCAUGAGAGCCAGCUCUCCCCCUCCAAGUGCAGCUGACAUGUUAGAAAAUCAAAAUCCUGGUCAAAGAAAACUCAAAGAAAAUGAAAGAGCUCUUCGCAGACAGACAUUCAUGAAACAAACCUCUUUAGAUGAAUCAGAUGAACAAAUUUAUGUUGACAAAGAAGAUACAGGUAAUGGAUCAGAGGAUUAUUCUAUGGAGUUUCAAUCUAUACCCAGUGAUGGUGCACAAGCAGAAAACAACCCUAAUUGUCCAUAUUACAUGUAUUUCAAGCAGUUUGAUAGCCCUCCCCCACCUCCACCAUUACCCAGGAGUUUACCAUGGCAAUCUAAAGUACGACAGAAAGAUAUUGACAUGUUUCUCGAAAAUGUCCGAAUAAAAUUUGUUGGAUAUUCUCUGCCUGGAGAUAGGCAAACUAUUGCUGGAUUACCUCAGCCCAUACAUGAAGGAAUUGAUAUAUUAAAAAAACAUAUGUACACUAGCCUUUCUGAAAUCCAGGCAGAAAGAGAAAUAGAAAUUGCUAGGAGCCCACUCACAAAGGGUGAAAGAGAAGUUGAAGAAACUGAAGCUGAAAUCUUAUACAGAGCCAUGCUUCCAAAUCUACCACAGUACAUGAUAGCUUUAUUGAAAAUACUAUUAGCAGCAGCACCUACUUCUACAGCUAAAACUUAUUCUAUUAAUAUCAUGGCAGACUUACUACCGGAAGAGAUGCCUAUGACAGUUCUUCAAUCUUUGAAACUCGGUAUUGAUGUAAACAGACAUAAAGAAAUAAUAGUAAAAGCCGUUACUGCAAUACUGAUGUUACUCUUGAAACAUUUCAAGUUAAAUCAUGUUUAUCAGUUUGAAUUUAUGUCACAGCAUCUGGUUUAUGCCAACUGCAUGCCUUUAGUCCUUAAAUUUUUUAACCAGAACAUUUUGUCUUAUGUAGGUGCAAAAAACACAAUUCCAAUGUUUGACUUUCCAGCCUGUGUUAUAGGAGAACAACCUGAACUGACAAAGGAAUGCUUGGAUAUUGGUGAUUCAUCAGUUCCAUACUCUUGGAGAAAUGUGUUUUCAUGCAUAAACUUGUUACGGAUUCUGAACAAGUUGACAAAAUGGAAAAAUGCAAGGAUAAUGAUGCUUGUUGUUUUUAAAAGUGCACCCAUCUUGAAACGCACACUCAAAGUCAGGCAUGCAUUAAUGCAAUUUUAUGUUUUAAAGUUACUAAAGAUGCAGACAAAGUAUUUGGGACGCCAAUGGAGAAAAACAAAUAUGAAAACAAUCAGUGCUAUAUACUCUAAAGUUCGGCACAGGUUAAACGAUGACUGGGCAUUUGGAAAUGAUGUCGAUGCCAGACCUUGGGAUUUUCAAGAUGAGGAAUGUGCUCUAAGGGUCAGUGUAGACCGCUUCAAUCACAGAAGAUAUGGUACUGGUGGUGAUCAAGAAAUUGAAUUAACACCACUUGAAACUGAUAUUAAUAGCAUAUUAGAAGCAAAUAUAGACCUUGACGAUGAAUUCAAAGAAAAUUAUGAAUUGUGGUUAGAACAGGAAAUAGUUAAAUCAAGUUACUUCAAAAUGGCUGAAUUAGCAGCGUUACUACAAACGGAAAUCCCUGAAGGGCGCAGUCAUUUAACAGAUUCCCACACGAAUCUUGAGCGUGUGGCUGACUACUGUGAAGCGAAUUACUUUCAGUCUGAAAACAAAAGACUAGCAUUGGAGAGCACUAAAAACUAUACUACACAAUCAUUGGCUAGUGUGGCAUAUCAAAUUAAUACUUUGGCUUAUAACUUCCUCCAGCUGCUCGAACUACAGACAAUGCAGUUGGCUGAAAUGGAAGGCCAAAUGAACCAUAUCGCUCAAACUGUCGCUAUUCAUAAAGAGAAGGUGGCACGAAGAGAGAUUGGUGUGCUGACAGCAAACAAAGUGACAAACAGGCAGUACAAAAUUAUUGCACCAGCAAACCCAGAAAAACCUAUAAAAUAUGUCAGGAAAAGCAUUGAUUAUACAGCUUUGGAUGAAAUCGGGCAUGGCGCACGCUGGAAUGGAGCUGCAAGUGGCACCCCUAGAGGUCGACGCUCUGGACCACCUGCAAAUGCUGCUACUCUACCUGCGCCAACUACGAAACCACCGACACCACCUGCUGCUGUUCGUGCCGCUUCGGCAGCUAAUACAGGAACAUUGGGAAGAGGCACCUUGGGUAAAUCAUCUCGAGAAUACCGUACGCCACCUGCUGUAGCUCCACCUCAGGUGCCCUCACACUACGCGCCCAACUACCCUCGGCGACCACCAGGAUACUCCACUUUGCCAGUAGCUCAGCCUCAGGUUGGAAUGGUGCAUCCAAAUCAGCACCAGUCUGCCACUAACUAUUCACAACAAGAUUUACAUUCCAGUAUGCCACCUCCUCCAUCACCAUUGAUCGGUUCUGAUGGUGAACACAGCCAGCAUUCCAGUCUUCCAGGACAGUUUAUAUUCCAGCGUGCGUCGUCAUCGUCCGCCGGAGGAGGUUCGAUCCGCGGCGGUUCUGUCUCGCCGCCAUUGCCGCCACCACCUAUGGACGACGAACUCGCGCACGAUGGUUUUGGAAGACCUCAUCAUCUAACGAUGAAUACUCAGUACACUAGUGCGGUGCCUGCUAUAGUGCCUGAUGAGGAGGAUCUGCCUGGUUGGGUGCCUAAGAACUACAUCGAAAAAGUUGUUGCGAUAUACGAUUACUACGCUGAUAAAGAAGACGAGUUAUCAUUCCAAGAGAGUUCAGUUAUCUAUGUGCUUAAGAAGAAUGACGACGGAUGGUGGGAAGGAGUUAUGGACGGUGUGACAGGCCUGUUUCCCGGCAAUUAUGUCGAACCCUGUGUGUAA